CACAUGCAAUUUCGUCAGUCGGCCAGUCUGCCAAUUAUCAAAUUGAUUACUAUGUAAUUGUGGGACACUUAAAAAAUUACAAUAGAAAUAUUUUUCGCAGUUUUUUUCUCUCGAUGAAUUGACAAUGUGCGGAGGAUUUACUUGCUCUAAAAAUGCCCUGAUUUCUUUAAACAUUUUAUACAUUCUUGUAUCCUUUAUUUUAAUUGGGGUCGCCGUGUAUGGACGAGCCGCAUCUCUUGUUACUAAUUUACCAAUUGUCGGAGGAAUACUAGCAUGUGGAGUUAUAUUGUUUUUGAUAUCGCUCCUCGGACUGGUUGGUGCCGUGAAGCAUCACCAAGUUAUGCUCUUUUUUUAUAUGGUGAUACUGUUUCUUCUCUUUCUCAUUCAAUUUUCUGUAGCGUGCGCGUGUUUAGGUGUUAACAUGGAACAACAAGAGCAAUUGGCUGAACAGGGUUGGGAGAAAAUGGAUAACAAUACUAGAAUGGAAGUACAGCAGGCGUUUGGUUGUUGUGGUUUUGAUGAAAAAUCUACUGAUAAUCGAAAAAUGGAUCAUCCCAGUUGUGACGCGCUUAAGUGCUGUGCAAAUCCGGAGAAAAGCUGUCAUUGCUCUUCAUGCAUGAAUAAAUGGCAGACAACAAUUAAUUAUGCCUUCAAAUUGUGUGGUUGGAUUGGACUUUUCUUUAGUUUUACAGAGUUUUUGGGAGUAUGGUUAACUGUGAGGUAUCGUAACCAGAAAGACCCUCGAGCUAAUCCCAGUGCUUUCCUUUAGUCGCAUCACAGUUUGUAGUUUGGUAGUGGGCAUGUUUCUGACAAGGCAUUAUCGCAACCUAACAGAUCCUGAUGAAAAAGUAGCAACAGCAAUCUUUCCAAGCCAUAACUUUAUUUACUAGUCAUUUUUUGAUUUAUUGGAUUUUAUACCAAAGAAUCAGGUUUUUUAAUUUAUUAUACAUAUGUGGUGCAUUUCCAAGCAACAUCGACAUUUUUCUUACACAUAAUGUAAUUUGUUAUGUUAACGAUCUCUAAAUAUAUUUAUUUUAGUUUUUGUUAUUUCUAUUGUAUAAUGUACAAAGACAUAUAUAAGACAUUUGUGACUAAGGAACCAGUGUUUUGAAAGCUGUUACUAUUACGUGCAUAUACUGUAGAUAGUCAUAGCGCAAUAAGAAUCAGUGCACAUAGAUACAUUGAUAUCGCAUGCUGUGAUUGUUAUUGUGCUGUACUGAAAUUAAUUAAUAUGUGUUUACUAAACAAUAGCAGUAGCAUGAUAUUAGGCUAUCAGACUGUAAUUAAUGUGAAUUUUCAAAUCAUACAAUUUUAUUUUAAAUAGUGUAUACUAUUAAAUAUAGUGAAGUGUGUAUGUAUCACUGUGCAAAAAAUGAAACUUUUGCUUAAUGUAAUUAGUAACUUUUUGUCUGUACAAUACUGAAAUGUAACAAAAUCUUCCUCUCAAUUUUAUAUAUUAAACUAAAUUCAAAAUCAUGA